AUUGGGGAUGCCAUUGGGGAUGCAAAUGACAUUUCAGUAGACCUGACCGUGGAAAAUCCCCAUUCCCCCAAUUUCGGAGUCGCACCAUUGAACUAUUCAGCUCCAUUCUAAAAAGCGGCAGCACGCAGCCCUAACAUUUGACGUUUGCUCUCCACACUCCACACGCCUCUUUCCGUCGUUCCUCAUGAUGACUUUCGCCUGAGCAAGCGAAGCAAAAUCCAAUUCUUCUGGCUCCUCCCAUCGCGCCUUUAUAUGUGCAUGCAUCUUCGUCGCGAUCGUCUCCAUCGAUCGUCAUGUAUAGAACGGCCUCAUCCUCCUCUUCCGCUCUCCUCAGAGCAAGGCUUUUCUCUUCCUCUCUCAGGACUACUCUCACUUCGCCUCCACCUUCUUCUUUAAUCAACCACCGAUCUUUCAGCUUCUCCACCGCCGCUCGCUCUCUCCGCUGUUCCGUUCCGCGAUGGAGUCACGGCGUUGAUUGGAGAUCUCCAGUCAGUCUCCGUGCUCAGAUCAGAGGUGUUGCUCCCGUUAUCGAACAGUUGGAGAGGAAGUUCGCCACUAUGGCUGCUGAACAUCCUUUCAAGGCAGUCUUGACCAGUCUUCCGAAGCCAGGUGGUGGCGAGUUUGGAAAGUUCUACAGCUUGCCUGCUUUGAAUGAUCCAAGGAUUGAUAAACUGCCAUACUCUAUUAGGAUCCUGCUUGAGUCUGCAAUCCGGAAUUGUGAUAACUUCCAAGUCAAAAAGGAAGAUGUUGAGAAGAUCAUUGAUUGGGAAAAUACAUCUCCAAAGCAAGUUGAAAUUCCUUUCAAGCCUGCUCGUGUUCUUUUACAGGAUUUUACUGGAGUACCAGCUGUGGUUGAUCUUGCUUGCAUGCGUGACGCUAUGAACAAGCUUGGAAGUGAUUCAAACAAGAUCAAUCCUUUGGUCCCAGUAGAUCUUGUCAUUGAUCAUUCAGUUCAAGUUGAUGUUGCAAGAUCAGAGAAUGCUGUGCAAGCAAAUAUGGAGCUUGAAUUUCAGAGGAACAAGGAGAGAUUUGCAUUCCUUAAAUGGGGUUCUACUGCUUUCCGUAACAUGCUUGUUGUCCCUCCUGGUUCUGGUAUUGUUCAUCAGGUUAAUCUGGAAUAUCUUGGACGGCUUGUUUUCAACACUGAUGGUGUACUCCACCCUGAUAGUGUUGUCGGAACAGAUUCCCAUACGACCAUGAUUGAUGGGUUGGGAGUUGCUGGCUGGGGAGUUGGUGGUAUUGAAGCUGAGGCAGCAAUGCUUGGCCAGCCCAUGAGUAUGGUAUUGCCUGGUGUUGUUGGAUUCAAGUUGUCUGGGAAGUUACACAGUGGGGUUACAGCUACUGACUUGGUUCUAACUGUGACACAAAUGCUGAGGAAGCAUGGUGUUGUUGGCAAAUUUGUUGAGUUUUAUGGGGAUGGUAUGAGUGAACUUUCUUUGGCCGACAGGGCUACCAUUGCUAACAUGUCUCCUGAGUAUGGUGCAACCAUGGGAUUCUUCCCUGUAGAUCAUGUUACUUUACAGUAUCUCAAACUAACUGGCAGAAGUGACGAAACUGUGGCAAUGGUAGAAGCAUAUCUCCGUGCAAAUAAAAUGUUUAUUGACUAUAAUGAGCCUCAGCAAGAUAGAGUGUACUCAUCAUAUCUAGAACUAAACCUUGCAGAUGUUGAGCCCUGUGUUUCAGGACCAAAGAGACCUCACGAUCGGGUCCCUUUGAAAGAAAUGAAGGUAGACUGGCAUUCAUGUCUUGAUAACAAAGUUGGUUUCAAGGGUUUUGCUGUACCAAAAGAGGAACAGCACAAAAUGGCAAAGUUUUCAUUCCAUGGGCAGCCAGCAGAACUUAAGCACGGCAGUGUGGUUAUUGCUGCAAUCACGAGCUGCACCAAUACAUCAAACCCUAGUGUCAUGCUCGGGGCUGGUCUUGUUGCAAAAAAAGCUUGUGAACUUGGUUUACAGGUCAAACCUUGGAUAAAGACAAGUCUUGCACCAGGCUCGGGUGUUGUUACAAAAUAUUUACAGCAGAGUGGGUUACAAGAGUAUUUGAACCAACAGGGCUUCCACAUUGUUGGAUAUGGCUGCACAACCUGUAUUGGAAAUUCAGGGGAUUUGAAUGAAUCAGUUGCCUCUGCCAUUGCAGAAAAUGACAUUGUAGCAGCAGCUGUGCUUUCUGGGAAUCGGAAUUUUGAAGGUCGUGUUCAUCCCUUAACAAGAGCUAACUACCUUGCUUCACCUCCAUUGGUGGUUGCUUAUGCCCUUGCUGGCACGGUUGACAUUGACUUUGACAAGGAGCCUAUUGGUAUUGGGAAGGAUGGAAAGAGUGUCUAUUUCAAGGAUAUCUGGCCAUCUACAGAGGAAGUUGCAGAGGUUGUUCAAGCCAGUGUCUUGCCUAAUAUGUUCAAAAGUACUUAUGAAGCUAUUACAACGGGCAAUCCUACGUGGAAUCUAGUAUCAGUACCAUCAGAAUCCUUGUGCUCAUGGGACCCCAACUCAACAUACAUCCAUGAGCCCCCAUACUUCAAGAACAUGACCAUGGACCCUCCUGGACCUCAUGGAGUGAAGGAUGCUUACUGCUUGCUGAACUUUGGUGACAGCAUCACAACAGAUCACAUUUCUCCAGCAGGAAGCAUUCAUAAAGACAGUCCUGCUGCCAAGUACCUCCUUGAGCGUGGGGUGGACCGCAAGGAUUUCAAUUCAUAUGGAAGUCGCCGUGGCAAUGAUGAAGUGAUGGCUAGAGGAACUUUUGCAAACAUCCGCCUUGUAAAUAAGCUCUUGAGUGGUGAAGUGGGCCCAAAGACAGUUCACAUUCCAACAGGGGAGAAACUCUAUGUAUUUGAUGCAGCAAUGAGGUACAAGGCUGCUGGACAGGACACUAUUAUUUUGGCUGGAGCAGAGUAUGGAAGUGGUAGCUCACGAGAUUGGGCUGCCAAGGGUCCAAUGUUAUUGGGAGUAAAAGCAGUGAUAGCAAAAAGUUUUGAGAGAAUCCAUCGCAGUAAUUUGGUGGGAAUGGGCAUCAUUCCUCUUUGUUUCAAGCAUGGUGAGGAUGCUGACACUCUUAGAUUGACUGGUCAGGAGCGUUAUACUAUAGACCUUCCAAGCAAAAUCACUGAUAUAAGGCCUGGCCAAGAUGUAACUGUCACAACUGACACUGGAAAAUCUUUCACCUGCACUGUCCGCUUUGAUACUGAGGUUGAGUUGGCCUACUUCAACAACGGUGGCAUACUUCCCUAUGUUAUUAGGAACUUGAUUAAGCAGUAAAUGCCUAGGUGGUUGGCCUAGCUACACUAAAAUUUUGAAGCAAAUAAAGUCAAUAAUUGGGAAAAAUCCCUGUAACAGGUCUUCUUCUGUCUUCUUAAGCAUUCAAGAGGUCGUUGUUUCUCAAAACCAGCAACCAUUAGUCAGUGUACCCUCAGCAGUCCAACCAUGCCAAUUACUAAUUAACAAACAUUCUUGAAUAAUCUAAUGGAAUAAAUUUAUCCACAAAUUUGUUCAUUGGCCAUCCGUCUAUACCUUUGUCCUUAAACACGUUUGUCUAUUGAUCUGCAAAAAUAUUCAUCCAUUUGAUUGUCUGUAGAUUCACUCAAAAUUAUUUAUAAAUUUAUUUGUAUUUG